AUGCCGAUUUGUGAAUUUUCUUCAACUUCAAAAAUGCGCAAAAUCGACGUGCACGCUCAUGUGCUUCCCAAGCAUAUUCCAGACUUUCAAGAGAAGUUCGGCUAUCCAGGAUUCGUCCGUUUGGAUCAUAAGGAAGAUGGGACUACUCAUAUGAUGAAGGAUGGGAAGCUUUUUAGAGUCGUUGAGCCAAACUGUUUUGAUACGGAGACCCGAAUUGCAGAUAUGGAUAAAGCGAAUGUGAAUGUGCAAUGCUUGAGUACAGUACCCGUCAUGUUUUCUUAUUGGGCCAAACCCGAAGACACUGAGAUCGUGGCUCGUUUCGUGAAUGACGAUUUGUUGGCAGAGUGCCAAAAACAUCCGGACCGUUUGAUUCCACUUGGCACAUUGCCAAUGAACGAUGUGCAAAGAGCUAUUCAAGAAGUCCGCCGAUGCUACUCCCUGGGAAUGCGAGGAUUUGAAAUCGGGUCCCACGUUGGCGAAAGAUCACUGGAUCAUAAGGAUUUUUGGCCUCUUUAUAAGGUGUGUGAGGAGUUGUCAGUGGUCCUAUUCGUUCAUCCAUGGGACAUGCAUAUGUGGGAUGGACGUCUUCAGAAGUAUUGGAUGCCUUGGUUAGUAGGAAUGCCAUCUGAGACUGCUCAGGCGAUUUGCUCCGUUCUAAUGGGCAAUAUUUUGGUCCUUUUCCCGAAUAUCCGCUUUUGUUUCGCCCAUGGCGGUGGCUCAUACCCAAUUAUUCGUGGCCGAGUUUCUCAUGGAUGGAAUGUUCGGCCAGAUUUGUGUGCUGGGGAUUGCCAAGUGGCUCCAAAUCAAUUGGAUGGGAAACUUUGGACGGAUUCACUGGUUCAUGAUCCAGCAGCACUCGAAUUGCUCAUCAACUAUUUAAGUCCUAUUUUCCAGGACCACAUCGUCCUCGGCACCGACUAUCCAUUCCCAUUGGGCGAGCUGGAAGUUGGCAAGGUUGUCGAGGAGUACAAACCGUUUUCGGCAAAGGAUCGUCAAAAUCUGCUAUGGGAAAAUGCUGUGAAAAUGUUGGGGCUAGAGGAGAACUCGCUUUUUGCAAAGGAUUUUUGA